CUCUCUCUCCCUCCCACUCAGGUUCGGGUUGCCUCGCCCUCAAGAUCACGAGCAUCCAGGUGCCGGCGCGCGUGAAGGCGGGUGACUCGGUGAAGCUGCACUGUUACUUCGACCUACAGAGCGACAAGCUGUACUCCAUCACGUGGUGGCGAGAACAGGAGCAGUUUUACCAGUUCGUCCCGGCGUCCAACAAGAUGAAGACCAAGUACGAGAGGAACGGGAUCGAAGUGGAUGAGGCCCAGUCCAACAUCACGACGGUGGUGCUGCUGAACGUGUCGCCCGCCACCGCCGGGAGCUACAAGUGCGAGGUGGUGGCCGAAUAUCCAAGCUUCGAAAAGGACUCCAAGCUCAAGAACAUGUCCAUCAUAGACGUGCCCGACAGCUACCCCAUCCUGGUUGUGUCGCGAACCGAGUACUCGCGCGGGGACCAACUUGUGGCCAACUGCACCUCACCUGGAGUCAUGCCCGCACCUGAUAUCGACUGGUUCAUCAACGGGGACCAGGUGGACAAGGAACACAGUCAAGUGGUGACGGAGGUCAUGUCGUCAGUGGGGCUCCUCUCGCCCACCUCCAUGCUUCGCCUCCGCCUCACGCCCCGUCACUUCAAGGAGGGCCGGCUCCAGCUCACCUGCCGCGCCUCCCUCGGCCUCCUGUACCAGCAGAACUCAGACGUGAUCCUCACCGUCCCGGGCAAGACAGCGGCGCCCUCACAGAAACUCUACGGGGCGGGUUCCGUGGUGGGCGCCAACCUGGUCAUGUUCUUCCUAACCUGCCUGGUGACCCUGUUCCUGCUGGUGAUGUAGUGGUGACCUCGAUGUGCCGGGCUGCUGUCGCGCUUACACCCGCGGCGGUCCUCGGCACCCUCGGGCUCUUCCCGCCAGGCGGUAGACACGCCCUGCCCUGGCGACCUGACAGUGACCUCACGAUCCAGUGAUUUACUUAUGAGUGACAUGGACGCGUGUCCUCGUCUUAUCAAUGGCCCGCAGGACACAGGUGACUCUUGCCCACCGGCCACCGUAGAGUUGUUGUCCCGGACAAGUGCAGUGGAGGGCGGCCCCUCUCCCCGCGGACAGAAAGCGGGACCUCAGCUGGCCAGCCCUGUGGGGACAGCGGGCAUGACCGUCUCAGCUCUGUCUCGAGCUGAGCCGACCGUGCCAGCCGACUACGUGGUGACGACGCCGACAUGUAUGGCAGUGCCAGGUGAAUUUUACACUAGUGAGUCAGUAGUGCCAAUAGAAAACUGUUUCGGGCAAAGAAGAACCAUUGCCGAGCACCCGCCCGUGCCAACUCCUCCGCCCUGCGCCUCCCAGGACGGCGGGCCCCACAGCGACACGUGGAGGGCGAGGAUGGAGUCAUUCAUGCCGAGAAGACUCAACGCCCGUCAGCCGAGGCCGCAGGAACCAUGCACCCAGCCCAUGAACAACACUUCGUCAAACCCUGCUCGCUCGGUGUCCCUUGGUGCCUGUGUCCGGGGCCGCUGUGAGGGGUUUGCGUGCAUGGCUGCGCCCCCAAUGUCGCCCAUGCCACCAUACAAAGCCCAGUGCCAUGAAGACGCUUCCCUGAUUACCCGUAAAAAUCAAAACUCGCCUCAGUCUCCUUAUCGGUGUCACAUGAGGUCACAGUCUGACCUCCCAGCGCCACACACCUACUCCGAGCGCCGGGAGAGUCAGAAGGUAGCUUUGCCCUCUGUAGACUUGUCUGUGUCUCACAACCCGGCCCGCUGGAACUCUUCGCCUCGGUUCCCUCCCUCGAGGCACGUGGCUGGAGGAGCGACGCGGGUUGACCGGUCCACGCCGUCUCCGGUGCGUUGCUCCACACCGUCGCUAACCGCCGGGGACUGCGCGUCACGACCUGUGGACCCUGCUGUGGGCGACGCUGCUCGUUCGGAGUGUGUUUCUUCCUGCGUCCAGUGGAUCCACGACCCGGCGCCCCCCUGGCCCGGCACGAAGGCUCCACAGGCCAGGACGCUCUCCGCCGUCCAGCGAGAAGUGGGAUUCGAAGCACAGCAGCUACCAACGACCGUGCCACAAAGACAGCCGGUGGAGGCCAGCGUUCAAUGGUAUUCACACUGCCUGGGUUCUGGCCGCAACGUGAGACGCCAGGGUGAGGGCACAAUGGCAACAAAGGCCACUUACUCGCCGACACUAAACGCUCGAGCGCCCUGCUGUCAAAGCCAAAGCCAGGUGAACAAUGGUGCCGUGUGUCUGCAUUCAGUGCCGUCACGAUCGAGCGUCGGUAGUCCUAAGUUUAAAGUUAAAUUUGUUAAAGGAGAGACACAGUGUGUGACGCAUCAAAGUGCCCCUCCGGCCCCCAAAGCAAACUCAAUUAAGAUUCCCGAGGAUACGAACCCGAAGCCGCCGGAGUGCUCGGUGGCGUUCUAGGGCGCGGGGGACGAGCGGUCUAGGCCGGCGCUCAGGGUGUGUUCGUGGAACUGGUCGGCCGCCAUUUGUUGAAGGCGCCGAAUUCCAGUGACUGGGAAUGUGUGGCUCAGGUUUCAAGUGGACUGAGCGGCGCUGAUCCAGUGAUCGGAGACAGACGAGACAAGCGGCCAGACGCGCCCCGGUGCUCCGACUAGACUUCCAUCUCCUUACAAAUAUAUACUUACUUAUAUUCCCUUUAUGAUGUUGCUCUAUGAAGUAUGUGUCGUAGUCAUGCUGUAGCGGCGUCCCAACCUUUCUGUGGCUUCCAUUCGCUGUACCUUAAGUGAAGCUCCAAUAUGGCGGGUGUAUCGACCUAAGGUUAGGGUUAAGGCGUUGCUGUAAUGAGGCGCGUGUUAGGCAGGCGCAGGACACACUAAGCAGAAGCCAUGUGAGACUAAGUUAACACAGAAUUAAAGUCUUUUACAUGAAACACGAGCUUGUGAGGUGAGAUGAUGAUUCGCUUUCUCAUUAGUUUUCGAAUUCCACCUUAAUGAGGAACCGCAUCUCGUCUUUCUUCUCUCCGCUGAGAAAUGACUUGGUGCAAGUCAGUUCCCGAGACACAAGCGAAUUCCCUCCUACUUUUUCUCUUUUACUGACAUUCCAUUUUCUCUCCGGCUCCGGGAAAGCCUUUAUAAUUUACCUUCUUUUCUUUCUUCCUCCAGCAGUGACGCAACUUUUUUGGUCUUCUUACAAUAUCUGAUUCCACUGAUGAAUUUGAACUUAUUCAACUUCCCUACUUUCCUCGACCACUUCAUUUUCUGGAUGGAAAAGAAAGCGUUCCUUUAAGAAAAAAAGGGACUAUGCCGUGGUAGGGCUUCGCUGUAUGCAUUGCCUAGCAGAGACAACUAUACAGAGUUUCAGUCCUAGAAAAAAAAAAGCCAAGAAGCGUUCCAGGUCACACAGGGUUAAUUAAUCUAACGAAGCCGAUCUACUGAGCUUUCUCGUUUCUUUACAGAACACUUAGAUAGAACAAUACAGUAAAAACUAAGACUUAAGGUAACCUCAGUGUGUGUGUGUGUGUGUGUGUGUGUGUGUGUGUGUGUGUGUGUGUGUGUGUGUGUGUGUGUGUGUGUGUGUGUGUGUGUGUGUUUUUGAGUGCGUGCGUGCGUGCGUGCGUAUGUUUGCUUGCAUGCGUGUGUGGUUGUGUGUGUGUGUGUUUGCGUGCGUCCGUGUGUGUGUGUGUGUGUGUGUGUGUGUGUGUGUGUGUGUGUGUGUGUGUGUGUGUGUGUGUGUGUGAUGGGUGGGUGCGUGCGUGCAUGCGUGCGUGUAUGUGCAUCCGUGUGCGUGUACCCGUGCGCACAUGCUUACCUUAAGCCUCUCUGUACACACUCCUCCCACCUCCUCUCCGGCAGGCCACGUGAUGCUGGCGAGGGAAUGGCUAGCUCCCUUUGGCUGUCACAAGAUCCCAAAAGGUAAAACAAACAUUUAUCUUGCUCAAAAAUGUAUCAUUGCAUAAAAUUCGCCUACGUAUAAUGACAAAUUGUAGACCAUCAUUUUCGGAAAUCGUCGUAACAAACUAUUAUGUAACUGCUUUUUUAUGUUGCCUUAACGACGCAAUUGAGGUGAUAACGAAGAAUAUAUAAACAACCACUACCAAUUAACAAACGUGUGUUAUAAGGGACUGUAAAAUAAGUGUAUAACAAGUUUUUUUUUCUGUCUUGACUUCCCCAGUGGCAGGGAAAGGAGGCCAUGAGAGGUGAUGGAGGGAGAAUGGGUGGAGAAGAGGGGGCUGGUGGACUGGAGGCAGGAGGGUGGUUAGCACGCAUCACACGGCAACACUACCGCCAGACAACAACACCCGACACAAUCUUACACCCCACUCUUAACAAGUUACGCGAUUCAUGAGGGAAGGAGAGGCAGGGAAGAGUCAGGAAAGAAGUCAGGAUACAAAACAAUAAAACAAAACAGCAACACAAGAUAACCCCAGCACCAGACACAAGCUUACAGCCCAUUAACAAGGGGAGGAGAGACGCACGAGAGAGGAAGCAAAGAAGCCAGGCAAAAAGACAGCACACAAAUAAAACCACAUCAACAGCAACGCCGCAACACUUCAUAAAGCAACACCAACACCAGACACACCUAGGCGACGCUCGUAACACCCUCCCCCCUCUCUGCAGGUUACACGAUCCAAGGCAUGACAUCAACCUAAUAUAACUCAUGGCUUCCGCACAGCCACCAGCACAUUUAGAAAACUCGAAAACAGGAACUUCCGCAAUAUAUUCAGUGAAAUCAUAAUACGUAUGAAACGAAAUUAUUAGAUACACAUAUUUUUAGGACGAAACCAAACCCCCCAAAAGCUUAGUCGCUGUUAUAAGAGAGCAAAUAAUAUAACAGCAAAGAAACCACAUUAUCACACACAUGAUCUUCGGCAUUAGGUUCAUAGGGUUUGUAAUACGAAUGAUCCGCUUAGGUUAGAUUCACCUAAACAACAAGGUCAUACAUACAUACAUUAUAUAGGAAGAAAACUCCAUCCCAAAGCGUUUUUAACAUUGCUGUAAGACGAAAGAAUGAACGUCACACAAACAAACACAAAAAAAGCUAAAUAAAUAAAGAUACUCGAAACUGGACACACACACACACACACACACACACACACACACACACACACACACACACACACAUAUAUAUACACACACACACUCACACACACACAAACAAAAAUAAAGAUAAAUAGAUAAAUAAACAAAAGAUAAAAAUAUAAAUACUAGACAACACAGACAUCUGAUCCACCUUCACUUUCCAUCACCAGACAUGUCCUCCUCCUCCUCCUCUUCUUCCUCCUCUUCGCUUGUCCCUCGAGUCGCAAAGAGUGAAGCCAAAACAUUACCAUAGUCUUAACUAACGACGGCAGUGUUAAGUAAUGGACGUGUUACUACUCCUCUAUGUCAUUUAUGUGCAAAGUAUUUAUUCAAAGGGUCAUAAAAAAAGUCAAGCCCGUAGUGGGUAGUUUGAUGUACCGGGAAAAUAUACUAAUAAACUUAUUUAUACAAA